AUGGAGCAGUCGCAGUCGCAGUCUCGGUCACAAUUACAAUCGCAGUCGCAGCAGCAGCAGCAAGAUGGCAUCUCGUCCGAGGACUGGGCGCGAAGCUACGACCCCACCCAGGGCCAGAAGGUGCACGAGGGGCAUGGCCUGGACACGGGCGUUCGGGUGAUGGAGGACGGGCGCCUCAACAUCAACCUCACCCCGAACAAACCCUGGCUCCAGCGCAUCGCCCGCCACACCAAAGAACACCCAUACCCGCACGGGCCCGUCGAUCGCAAGCCCUCAGUCUCGUUCCCCCCGGGCGAAGAAGAGCGCUGUCCGCUGCGCCUAAACAUCGUCAUCCAGGUCGUCGGAUCGCGCGGCGAUAUCCAGCCCUUCCUCGCUAUCGGGAAGUACCUCGCCUCGCACGGCCACCGGGUGCGCCUCGCAACGCACCUCUCCUUCCGCGAAUCCGUGCUCGACCAGGGGUUGGAAUUCUUCAAUAUCGGCGGCGACCCGGCAGAGCUGAUGGCGUUUAUGGUGAAGAAUCCCGGGUUGAUGCCGGAUAUGCGCACGAUUCGCAGCGGGGCGAUCCAGCGGCGGCGGCGCGAGAUGAAGAGUAUCUUCACCGGGUGUUGGCGGUCUUGCUUUGAGAGCGGCGAUGGGACGGGCAUUGAGCAUCAUGUUCGAGAGGAUCCGUGGAGUGAGGAGGUUGAUGCGAGGGAUGUGCCGUUUGUGGCGGAUGUGGUUAUUGCCAAUCCCCCGAGUUUUGCGCAUAUGAGUUGUGCGGAGAAGUUGGGGAUUCCCUUGAAUAUGAUGUUUACCAUGCCCUGGUCAGCGACACAGGCCUUCCCUCACCCCCUGGCCAACAUCCAGUCCCAGAAUACCGGCCCUUCAGUUGCAAACUUCGCCUCGUACGCCAUCGUCGAGAUCAUGAUGUGGGAAGGACUCGGAGACCUGAUCAAUCGCUUUCGCAAGCGCGAACUAGGGCUGGACCCGUUGGAUGCGAUCCGCGCGCCGAGUAUCGCGCACCGGCUCCAGAUCCCGUAUACAUACCUAUGGUCCCCCGCCCUGCUCGAAAAACCACUCGACUGGGGCCAAAACAUCGACGUCGUCGGCUUCUCAACCCUCCCCCGUCCCUCAGACUACCAACCCCCCUCCGACCUGCAAGCCUUCCUCAACGCCGGCCCAGCCCCAAUCUACAUCGGCUUCGGGUCGAUAGUCGUAGACGACGCCGCCGCAUUAACGCGAAUCGUCUUCUCCGCCGUGCAAGCAGCCGGGCAGCGCGCCGUCGUGUCAAAGGGCUGGGGCAACAUCGGCGCCGAAGAAGCAGACACGGACUCAAUCAUGAUGAUCGAUAAAUGCCCGCACGACUGGCUCUUCCAGCACGUUUCCGCUGUGGUGCAUCACGGCGGCGCGGGGACCACGGCCGCCGGACUCGCGCUGGGUCGGCCGACGGUCGUGAUUCCGUUCUUCGGCGACCAGACCUUCUGGGGCAGCAUUGUCUCUCGGGCUGGUGCAGGGCCGGACCCGAUUCCGUGGAAACGACUCACGGUGGAGAAACUGGCUGAUGCGAUUCGGUUUACGAUGAAGGAAUCAACGAAGGAGAAAGCUGCGGAGAUUGGGGAGAAUAUGAGGCAGGAGGAAGGGGUGCGCAACGCCGUGUGUUCGUUCUACCAGCAUCUGGACGAGGAGGCGCUGCGGUGCUCGCUGUGUCCUUGUCGGCCGGCUGUGUGGUGGGUGAAGCAGUCGCGGAUGAAGCUGAGUGCGUUUGCGGCGACGGUGCUGGUUGAGACGGGGCUGGUCAAGCCUCAUAAUCUGGUGCUGUACCGGUCGAAGGAGUAUGAUACGAGUCGGGAUCCGAGGGGCCCGUUGUCGGCUGGUGCUGAGGUGUUGUAUGGAGUUGUGACGGACUUUGUGGCGACGAUGGCGUCUGUUCCGACGGACGUGGCGGAGGUGUUUAGGGGGGAUCGACCCCGGCAUCGGUCGAGGAGGCAUUUGAGGCAUGGGCAGCAUAACAGGCCGAUUCAUGCGUGGAAGAAGCACAGAUAUGCCCAGGGGAGGACAGACAGAGUGGAGAGUGAGAAGAGGGAGGAUGAGAGCGAGGGAGAGGGAGAGAGUGCUGGGAGUGAUUCCAGUCCAAGUAGCUCGUCUGCAUCAUCGUACACAUCAGCGCGAGAAGGACAGGAAACCUCAUCGUCGUCAGUCUCGAAGAACCGACCAAACGGCGCAGUCAGUAAUGCGGCCAGAGAUAGAGAGAUAGACGCCAUGGCAUCCGCCGACACAGAUGUCUUCUCCAAGAUACCCACAAACGAAGACGAUAUGGACAUGCAACCACUGAGUCUGGAGAAUACGAUCGGACAUCAGAGCAGAGAGAAAGGAGUUGAAGUGCGCGAAGUGCUGACCGAUGCGCGAUAUCAUGUCUCCCGCGUUGGAAAGCAUCUCCUCGACUGGGUGCUUCUGCUGCCUACGGAUCUGACGAUGAGUUUCUCCAAGGGCUUCCAUAAUGCGCCGAAGCUGUAUCAUGAUCCGAUGGUCCAGGAGACGCCGACUGUGCGUGGAGCGCGAGGAGGGCUGCGUGCUGCUGGGACGGAAUUCACGCAGGAAAUGUAUCAAGGCGUCACUGGUAUCGUGACACAGCCCAUCUACGGACACAAAGAGUCUGGGGCGGUAGGCAUGAUUAAAGGCGUUGGCAAAGGCGUAGGGGGGGUGUUUCUCAAGCCAGCUGCAGGGCUCUGGGGACUGGCAGGAUAUCCGCUUAAAGGAAUACACAAAUCCCUGCGGAACUCGCUCUCAAGAAGCAAAAUCCGGGAUAUACUGGCGUCGCGCAUCAAGCAGGGGAUCGGAGAGAUGGUGGCAGCCACGCCAGAGGAACGAGCAGCGGUGAUUCGGCGCUGGAAUGAGCUGCAGAAGGGCGAGACGAAUGGACAUGCAUAG